GCUGUGUUGGUACUUUUCUGUACUUCUUGGCCGUGAUUGGCCUUUAAAUUGAGUGUGGUCAGUUUCAUUGGGCAUUGUAUGCUGUCUGUUAAAAUCCAUUGAUGCAAUGUUUUAUUGGCCUACAGUUUUAUGUCCCCUGCUUGAAGUUCUAUUUCUUUGUUCUAAAAUUGAUGUUUGCUGUGUUAGCCAGUGUGGGUGUUUUGGCAUCACGAUUUGGGGUCCCUUGUUCAUGUAACCGGCGACCACCCAUAUAAAUACCACUCUGCUUUUUUCAUCUCUAUGCAUUGGUUCUUUUCUAUAAUACUUAUGUUGUUUGCUGCUUGCUUUGAAAGACAAUUUCAGUUGGUUUGUAGUUCAGUCUGUUGCUAAUACCCAGAUUUUGAAAGGCAAGUAUUCGGCUCUAGUGUCUAGCCAUGCAUACUGUGUAAGAAAAAGAAAAACAUGUAUGUCCUUAUGCAUGGACUGGACUCUGGAGCCUCUUAUGAAUGUGACAUGAUUGGGGAGGCCCACCAUUACCAAGGCAAUGCCUGAUGGGGGGUCUCAUUGUCAUCUGUCUCUGUGUGGUGACAAUAAUUGAUGCCAAGCUUCCCCCCAUGUGCACUUGUAGAGCACUGCACUACCAAUCCAGGUGAAAUCAGAUUUGAUACUUUCCUCCAUAUUUAGGAUGAUAGAAAGUGAUUUACCAUCUCUUAAAAGAAAAUUCUCCCUUCACGUCCACAACCGAGUAUUUUACUUGUUUAAAACCGAAAAAGGGAUCAAACUAGUUUGUAUUUCUAUUUUUUGGAGAGAAUCUGGGGUCGCUUUUUUGAGAGCUAUCCUGUGGAUUAUAUUAAUGAGCUCGAAUCUGAACUGCCAAACUGAUUCCUUUGAAACGGAACUGCUUAGAUUUUGUUGUCAGAGAGACGGCAUUUAGCUUUAAUCGUGUAUGACAUGUGUCCCAAGCAAUUGCUAAAGAAAGGAAUUACUUCUUAAAGAGGCCAUCCAAGAUAAUACUAAACCCAAAAGGGUGAUGUUGCGUGUGGGAAUUUCAUCAAAGCAAGGUCUCCCUUUGGUUCUCUGUGUUGUCAUUGCACACAAUCACUCCCCUCGCAGAACUUAUUUGAGGAUCUGGUCCUUCUCUGUAGCUCUCACCCCUUCCUAUCUACCUGAAGAUAAGACAAACUAGCAGAACCAACAAGAAUCAUCCUCAACAAUGCCAAUGCCGACGUCCUGGAUGUUUCCUAGUUUGUCUAUUGCUGUCAUUUCUUUCUUCUCUUGCUCAUACGCUUCCACUUUCACCAUAACCAACAACUGCCCCUAUACUAUAUGGCCCGGCACGCUUGCAGGAUCAGGCACGCCUCAACUUACAAUGACCGGAUUUCAAUUGAAUUCUUCCCAAAGUGUUAGUAUUCCAUCGACACCAGGAUGGUCGGGACGGAUAUGGGCAAGGACAGGAUGCAAAUUUGAUGAGCUGGGAGCUGGCAAAUGUCAAACCGGGGACUGUGGGGGAAGGCUGGAAUGUGAUGGCAGUGGUGCCGCUCCGCCUGCAUCCCUCUUUGAGAUAACCCUUGGAACAGGCAACGGGAAAGAUUUCUACGAUGUUAGCAUUGUAGAUGGCUACAACUUGCCGCUUGUUGCCACACCAAGCGGGGUGUAUGGUGCAUGUAACGCCACAGGAUGCGCUUCAAAUAUCAACAUGGGUUGCCCAAAGGAGCUUCAGGUAGCAGGAGGAGCCGAGGAAGGAGGAGUGGUUGCAUGCAAGAGUGCAUGUGAGGCUUUUAGAAUGGACCAGUACUGCUGCAGUGGAGAGUUUGCCAACCCAACAACAUGCCAGCCCUCCUUUUAUUCGGCCAUUUUUAAAAGGGCUUGUCCAAGGGCUUAUAGCUAUGCUUUUGAUGAUGGCACAAGCACUUUUACAUGCAAGGCUGAUGAAUAUGCCAUUAUUUUUUGCCCUGGUGUUAAUGGGGUGAAAAAACCAGAUGAUCCAAUGUUCAUCCCUCCAAUGCAAAAGCAGAGCAGUAGGGAGGUUGAGGGGAUUGUAUCUUCGUCAAACAUCCUCCUCCCUCUUCCGAUUCUGUUCAUACAUGUUGCGAUGGACGAUGUGUACGUUUAUAGCGUAAGUAGUACUGCCAUCAAAACAGAAAAGACAAAGUGUAUUAAGCUUAAUAUAUUAAAACAAUAAAGAAUGAAAAACAAAGGACUGGAAGACUGUUUGGCUGCGAAGAACUGAAAAGUUCAAAGAAAUGACUUGGCAGUGCCUGACUUGGUAUUAGAUUUGUCAUCUGGUAUGCUGGAUUAUGUUCAUGGUUUUCUCUAUGGAGGUUUUCAAGGUAUUCACGGUCCCCUAAUGUUCUAUUUGAUGGAAAUUCCUGUCCCUGUAUGCUAUUUGGCAGCACCCAUCAUUUAUCUAAUGAUCCUAUUUACUGAUUUUUUUUUUUGGGUUAGCAUGUGGGAUUGUUAUCAUAUUGA